AUGGCGUCCAUGUUGACGGUGCAUAUGAAUCAAGGACAAGGGGAAACAAGCUAUGCUCGCAACUCCUUUGUUCAGAAUGGUGAGCAGAAGAGGAUGAAGCCACUGAUAGAAGCGGCCAUCGUUGAUUUAUGCCCCGGCACUAGCACCUUGUUGCCCACAAAGAUGGUGAUUGUCGACCUGGGCUGCUCCUCUGGUCCAAACGCGAUAGCUCUAGUGUCGAUUGCCGUUGAGGCCAUCCACAAUCACUGCCACCAGUUCCUACAGCCACCUCCUGAAGUGUCUGUGCUUCUCAACGACCUGCCUGACAACGACUUCAACAUGGUGGUGAAGAACCUGGUCAUGCUACGUCAAAGCAGCAACGACACCAUUGUCAUGGCCGGUGUCUUACCGGGGUCGUUUUACGAGAGGCUCUUCACUAGUGGUUCCUUGCAUCUUGUCUUCUCGUCCAACAGCCUGCAUUGGCUCUCAAAGGCUCCUGAAGAUCUAACAAAGAACCAGAUCCCGGCAUAUGACAUUGAUGAGCAUACCAGACUUGAAAGGCGCCCUAUGGUCCUGCAGGCUUAUGCACAGCAGUUCAGGAAAGAUUUUACACGUUUCCUCGAGCUGAGGGCCAAAGAAAUGAUCCCAGGAGGCCGGAUGGUUGUUUCCCUUGUAGGGAGGGAUUCUGAUGUAAUCACCCCCGAAUUCUCUCACCUCUGCGAAUUCGUAGCUCAGAUUCUAAGCGUCAUGGUCUCAGAGGGUGUAAUCGACAAAGCAAAGUUUGACUCUUUCUAUUUGCCUGUGUAUGAACCUUCCAACAAAGAGCUGAGGGAGAUCAUCCAAGAUGAAGGCUCGUUUUCAAUCACUGAGAUGCAGGCGAACAAUCCUUUUGUCGGUCUGGACAGCGCACUUAUGGUCCCAAGCAGGUUUGCUAGUGUGACCAGAGCCAUAUUUGAGCCCAUAAUAGUCCUUCAUUUUGGAGAAGUCAUGGAUGAAUUCGUGAGGACCUUGGAGCGACGCUGGAGCUUGGAAGGCAGCUUGCAACUCGAACAUGCCAAAAGCCCACGACCGAUGCUGGCGGUAUCCCUCAAGAAGGCAUGA